UUCUUGAAGAAAGCUGAAAAAAUAUCAAUUUGCAAAUCAAUUUUGUUAAAUAAAAUAUAAAAUAUAUAAUAAAAUAAUGUCUAGUGAAACCGAAGAUAACAAAAGUAUCAAAUCAUCAAAACAUAAAUCAAAGAAAUCAUCGAAAUUUGUUUUGAAAACAGUAAAAUUUCUACGAAAUAAUUGCACUCAUGGCGAAAUUUAUUCAUACAUUGAUGGUUUGCAUGAUCAACUUAAAAAACAACAAAAGAAAAUUAAAAAAUAUAAAGAUAAAAUUAAGAAAUUGACAAAGAAAAUACACAAUUUGAAAAUUGAGAAAAAAGAUUCUCCCCCAAAUGAGAAGAAAACGUCCGAGUCUGUGGUUGAAACAAUAGUUGAAAAAAAGGAAGACGCAGAACCAAAACCGCCUUUAACGUUAGCAGAAGAAAUUCGUGAGGCAGCUGAAGCUGCUCAAAAUGAUAACGGAUUUGUUUAUGAGCCCACAUCAGGCCUUUAUUACGAUCAACGAACGGGCUACUACUACAAUGCAGAAUACGGCCUCUACUACGAUGGCAGCAAUGGAUGCUAUUACAAAUACGACCAAGAAAAUAACAAAUUUGAAUUUCAUUCUCAAGUAGAAGUUCAACAAUCCGAAGAAGCUGAGAAGGUUUAUGACAAUUACGCUGAUGAUUUAAAUGGAGAGAGUCGUGACAGUCAUGAAAGUCGUCAAAAGGAAUCAAAGAGAAAGGCAAAAAAGAGAAGACGUCUAGAAGAGAAAGAGGAGAAGAAGAAAACCUCACAAGAUGAAGAUGAAGGAUCCAAAGACUCUAAAGAACGUGAAGAUGGUGAAUUGAAUUCGAGUGCAAGUAGUGAUAGUGAUGAUUCUGUGGAAGAACUUAAAGAAAAUGGCCAGUAUCAAGAUAUUGCACGAAAAUACCCACCGUCCCUUAGGAUUAUUGUUCAAGAAACCAAUUUGGACAAACUUCAGGAAGGAGCUCUUAAUCUGAUUACAUUCAAAGGCGGAACUCUUGGUAGAGAAGGUGACCAUGAUGUGAUUAUUCCUGAUCUUAACGUCUCAAAGUUUCAUUUAAAAUUUACUUAUGACGAAAAACGAGAGGUCUACACCUGUAUUGAUCUUGGUUCGAGAAAUGGAACUCUUUUAAAUGGCAAACGAAUGUCAAGUUCGAAACAAGAAAGUGAUCCUAUGGACUUGGUUCAUGGGAGUGUAGUCCAGUUGUCUCAGACAAAGCUUUUGUGUCAUGUUCAUCCUGGUAAUAGUACAUGCGGGCAAUGUGAACCGGGUUUGUUGAUGGAAUCCAAAGAAGAAGCUUCAAAAAUUGUCACAUUGUCACAUAAGCAACAACUCAAGAAGUUGCAACAGAAAUAUGGACUUGAAAAUGAAAAAUUUGUAGAGAAUCGUAAAGCAGCUGGUUAUAAUGAUCGAGCUGCGACCAGGCGUGUUAAAGUUGGUAGUUCUAACGACAAAGAAAAGACUGAAAUGGCCUCUGUUGACACUGAAAUAUCGAGUGAAAAUAAAGGUUUUAAAAUGCUUUCGAAACUUGGUUGGAAUAAAGGUACAGCUUUAGGGAAAGCUGAUUCUGGUGGUCUUUUAGAACCUAUUUCUGUGAAUUCGAAUGAAGGUCACAAAGGAUUAGGAUGCGAAGAUUAUGUACCAACUUUAGUUUCCACAAAGAUGAGCAAGAAAAAAUUGGAAACAUGGAAGAAAACUCAAGAACGUUACAAUAAAGUAUCAGAAGUUAAUGUGUUCAGUAGUAGUGAUGAUGAAGAUCUACUUAGUUAAUUUAUUUUUUUUUUUAA